CGCCAACAUUCCUACGCUCCCUGCUCCUGUGCCAUGAAUCAGCUGUCCUAUCAUGUGCGGCAAUUACAUUGCUCGCGCGCGGCGUCUGCAUAUCCUUCAUCGUGAAUUUUAUGUGCCUACGAUCCGGUGGCACUGCUGCUUAUCAUCCGCGUCCAUUCUUCAUCCUGUCCACCGGCAGCGUGAUCUAGCCCAACUUCGACGAUGUCCCUCCUCUGUCUCAACGGAACAGACACCGCGCUUCUAGCGCGCUCAUUUACCCCCGACGCCCUCCAAAAACUCAUGGCGCGCGUCUUUUGCUCCCUCUCCCAAGAUUCAGACCCUGCCAGUCCAGCGUCGUACGCGCCACAUCGAAGCAGCAUCUCUACGCCAAAUCACACGAUCUUGUUUAUGCCAGCCCGUAUAGAGCGUCCUGUCGGGCUUCUCGGUACCUCAAUCAAAGUCGUCUCAGUGCCCAGUUCUCCGGCGGAUAAACGGGGACUGCCCGCGUCGACGCUUGUGAUGGAUGAGGGCACUGGGGCUGUGAAGGCGAUCGUCAACGCGGCCGGGUUGACCGCUCUUCGGAACGCCGCAGGAUCACUGCUCUCUUGUACGCUCAUGGGUCCAGAAGAGCCUCGCAACAUUGUCGCAUUUGGAGCUGGCGCGCAGAUAUCAGCACAUCUGGAUGUCUUCCUCCGGGCUUACUCGACACUGACGACCUGCACUGUGGUUAACCGUGCCACGAACGAUCGGGCACGGACGCUGGUCGACGAAUUACGGCAACGGUUCAGCCAUGUUGAGAUCCAUCUUCAGCAACACGAGGCUUCCUCCGACCCUCCGUCUGACGCUAUCAGAGAUACUCUCUUGGCAGCCGAUGUGAUUAUCUGCGCCACAUCUUCGCAGAUCCCUCUAUUUCCUUCGAGUCUUGUACACGACGGCACGCACCUCAUCCUGAUCGGAAGUUACAAGCCCGAAAUGCAUGAAGUCGACCGCGACCUCAUCCACCGUGCUCUGCCCCACGAUCUCGUCGUGGACUCCCGUGAAGCUUGCCUGAAAGAAGCCGGCGAACUCAUCCAUGCAGGGAUUCAGGGAAGCGAGGUCGUUGAGAUUGGGGAGCUGAUUCCACUGGACGAGAACGGGGAGCCACAACUGGUCAGAAAACGGGGACCAGCGCAAACGAGGCAGUCUGUUACGAUCUUCAAGUCUGUGGGUAUCGGAUUGCAGGAUGUUGCGAUUGCGUGCGCUGUCGUCAAUCAGGCGGAAAAGAUGAGCGUUGGCCAGAUUAUACCUUGGCUCUGACUUGGAACUAGUAAUCACGCAGGACUUUGUACUCAAAAGACACCAAUACCAUUCCAUAAUUGCAGUCUUUUGCGCGUUCACUAAUGUGUUGGCGGCUACUGAGAACCUUGU